CUCCACCCUCCCCUCCCGAUCUCUGUCGCUCGCGGCAGACGCAGUAUAAACUGGGCACGCGAGAUUCCCGUGUGCGGAGUGCGUGAGCCGCUCACGGGACCAAUGAGAACUCAAGGUCCGAGCGCAGAGAGAGGGGUCGGCUACUCUCACCCGUAGCGUGGCUCCUGCUCCUCCCCCACCAUCAUCAUCAUCGCCGUUCAUCACCUCCACAUUUAAAAGGCGAGAACCCAUCACCGCAAGGGGCGAGCGCGCUCCGAAUGGGAACCUCCGUCCACGCGUCUCCUUAAGAGGGGGGGUCCCCACCGCCUCCUCCUCCACCACCCCCUCAACCACCGCCACCACCAACCUCAUCGACCUCCUCCGCCGGCCCAUCGACGCCGCCUCGCCAUCAUCGUCCACGAUGCCGCACGUCAACCUCCUCGUCGUGCUGCUCAUCCUGCCGGGCGUCUUCUCCAACUGCCUCUUCCUGGCCCUCUACGACGCCGUCUCGUUCCUGCGCCGCGCGCUCCAGGCGUCGCUCACGCACUCGGCCAAGGGGGACGCGCAGCACCCGCGCAUGCUCACGGCGCAGGGCAUGCUCUCCGUGUGGCGGAGCUACGUGCUCGACGCGCACAAGAAGGUCCGCCUCGGCGGGGAAGCCCCCAACUCCAGCGUGGUGGCGCUCGGAGGACACUCGUCCUCAUCCCCUUCGUUCUCCUGCGCCGCCUCCUCCUCCUCAUCGCACGAGACGCCGACACCACGGACAACGACAGAAGCAGCAGCGACCGUCACCACCUCAACCACCACCACCUCAACCACGUCAAGCACCGCCGCGUGCCGCCUCCUCGACUUCGCCAGAGCUCACCGCCCGCUUGUGGUGAACUUCGGCUCGGCCAGCUGACCCCCGUUCGUGGAGCAACUCGGCGAAUUCUGCGACCUCGUGCGCGACUUCGCCGACGUGGCCGACUUCCUGGUGGUCUACAUCGAGGAGGCCCACCCGUCGGACGCGUGGCCCGCGCCCGGCGGCCUCGAGGUGCCCCGACACCUCGCGCUCGGGGACCGCUGCGUGGCCGCGUCCCAACUGCGCGGCCUCAUGCCCCCCCUCGGCCGCUGUCCCGUGGUGGCCGACGCGAUGGACAAUAACGCCAACAUCGACUACGGGGUGUCCUACGAGCGCCUGUACGUCAUCCAGGACGGCAGGAUCAGAUACCUGGGCGGCAAGGGUCCUUUCUUCUACAGGGUGCGCGAGGUGAAAUCUUUCCUGGAGAGCGUGAAGGCCUCCAGAUAAGAGCAGCACUCAGAACGGGGGAGCUUCCUCCUUUCCCACCCUUUCUCGCUCGAUAUUUCCCGGAACGCUUGCUAGGAACCUGGCUCGGAAUUUACGCCUCAUCGGCGUAAGGCACUACCACUAGAAUGCAGUAUACACCCAUCGAUAUAUAUUUUAAAAAUCCUCAUUCUGUUUUACCCUAUAUUUGCCAUAAUCCUAUUAAAUAGGUUUUAUAAGAGCGGGUUCGUUGGGUGGACGUGGCGGCGUGCGAAUAUUAUUUCUGUACCAGUGUUCCGGACUUAUUCCGGGCUGAGGUUGGGCACUCGCUCGGCGUGACGGGAGGGACGGGGGUCGCGUUGUGGCGAGGCGUGAGCGAGUCCGGCGCUUGGGGCUUUUCGCGUCGUUUUUUGUGUCGAAGAGACGACGAAGACGCGACUUUGUCUCUCUCUCUGUCUGUCUGUCUGCUGCUGCCCCGUGGGCCUCUGUGAGUUGCAGUGUUUGUCUGAACGUCAUUUCGUUAAAAACGAAGAGGUGCCCACCCAACACCGGACCACGACUCGGCCCGUUGACGAUUUUGCCAAUAAUACUUCUCUCGUUCGCACUUAGUUUGAUCGAUUCCCAAUUGCGAAUUGCGUUGCAGCGCGCCCCUAGCGCGCGCCGGAUGAUUGUUAGACGCGCAGAGGCGCAUCCCGCUGCGGAACCGCGGCCGCUAGAGUUUGAGACGCGCUCGGCCAUGGGUCUCGAGUGAUCGUGUGAACACGUGGGAAGUCUCGAGAGACGGAGAGACUUGGACAGUCUCUGUUGGGCAUUAAACACGGUCCACUCCAUUC